GCGCAACCUUGCAUGGGAAGAUGAAGGGGAAUAUAUGUGUACAUAUCGAGAGCCAGAGUUUAAAUUUGUUCCAUCUAGUCACUCUUGGAUUGAAGGUUACAUAAGUCGUAAGGUGAGACUUAUGAUAACAAACCUAAGACCUGUUGAAGCAACUACUGCAAAGGUAAAUAACACACGGAUAGAGGCUGCUAUUUUAAAUUUGAAAUCAAUAAAUAAUGAUAAUGCUUUCGAUCAGAACACUACCUUGGCGGCAACAUUAACGCCUAGGAAAUUGGAGAAUGUGACACAGACACUUGAUAAAGUAUCCUUGAAAGUGAAAGAGAUGGUAAAUAAGAGCCGGAAGUUUAUGUUAGAGAUGGGGAUUAGUGUGAAUAGUAGGAAGGAGAUUGAGGAAGAGAAGGUUGUAAAUUCAUCUGAGACUGUUCAGAAGAAUAUUGUAGAUGUGGGAAAGGAGUUUGUUGACUUGGAUCAGAUAUCACAGGAGAUGAUUGAACAGAACCAUGUAUUGCAGAAGAGAGAAGCUAAGUGGAAAGCAUAUAGAUUUGAUGCUUCAGCGUUGGGAAUUGUAGACCCAUGGGCAGGUAGAAAUUUAUGGUUUCAGCAGUUAACACACUCAGUGAGAUCAAUCAAGAAAUUGAAGGGUCCAUGUGUGUUGAAAGUACCGGAACCAUUAACUACUUCAUGUCAAUCUUCUGUACUGUCAUGGCUCUUGUAUCAACAGCAAUCAUCAGUGGAUAAAGUGAUGGCUUUAUCAGUGAACCUUUUUAAGCCUAGAUUGAAUUGUUCUUGGUUGGCAGGAUUACCAUAUGUGAAUUUAUUUGAACAACAUGAAAAUGUGACGACAGCGGUACCUGAUCCGAUGGAAGUGAAACCUGUGAGGGCAAAGUACUGUUUUUGCUCAAAUGAAACUAAUAAGGGGUCUGGAAUGUUUAUGGGAAUAUCAGAGUGUGAUGGUUAUAUGAUGGAUUUAGGAAAGCGUGAGGAUGAGGAUGUGAAUAAGUUGUAUGAAGUGAUUUUUCAAGUGUCUGUCGUAUCUUUCCUGCGACAGUGCUGUUGA